UACGGUAGUGACGUUCAAACAUCGCGCGACCACAGAUGAUUUGGUUCCGUCUGAAGUGCAAAAAUGGCGGGGACGACGUCUGUAGCUGGUGAGGUAUUCGUGGAUGCCUUGCCGUAUUUUGAUCAGGGAUAUGAUGCUGCUGGUGUUAGGGAAGCGGCUGCAGCUUUAGUGGAAGAGGAGACGCGCAGAUAUCGGCCAACGAAGAACUACUUGAGUUACUUGCCAACGCCUGAUCUGACUGCUUUUGAGACAGAGAUCAUGCGGAAUGAGUUUGAGAGGCUUGCUUCCAGGCAGCCGCUGGAGCUGUUGAGUAUGAAGAGGUAUGAGCUCCCUGCCCCGACAUCCGGCCAGAAGAAUGACAUUGCUGCCUGGCAGGAGUGUGUGAACAACUCCAUGGCCCAGCUAGAGCACCAAGCCGUACGCAUUGAGAACCUGGAGCUGAUGGCCCACUAUGGCACCAAUGCCUGGAAGGCUUACAAUGACAAUUUGGCCUCCAUGAUUGAACAAGCACAGAAGGAGCUUCAGAAAUUUAGAAAGCAGAUUCAGGACAUUAACUGGUUGCGAAAAAAUGACCAGUUAGCUGGAGGUGCAAAGCUGAGAGAGCUGGAGUCCAACUGGGUGUCUCUUGUGAGCAAGAACUAUGAGAUCGAGCGUGCCAUCGUCCAGUUGGAGAAUGAUGUCGGGCAGCUACGACAGCAGCAGGGGGAUGAGAACAAAGAGAACAUUCGGCAAGAUUUCUAGACUCAACCCUUAGAAAAGUGGAAAUGAGAUUUAAGAUCAGAAGUCAGGAUCUGGAUACCUGGUGAUAAGAUGCAUUUUUUUAAUCUUUCUUGGUUUUCUGCAACAUAGGCUAAGGGGUCAUGUUAAGUAGAAUUAUUUGCUUAACGAUCUGCCUUUGUAACUGCGAGCGUAGUUUUUGCACUACAGUGGCUGAAGAAGAAAAUGUUCCAUUAUCGUCUUAGAUCUACACAUGAAGAACCACCUGAAAUACAACAUACCUGAUAAAUUAAGCUUUCAUUUUCACUUGUGCAAAUUACCCUUGUAGGUAGAAAUGUGACUAAUAUAAAAUUCCAUAAUGCAUCUUAUAGGAAGAUCUAAAAAGUCUAGCCAAUAAUUGUGCAUUGACAUUUUCUUUUUCUUUUUUUUUUUUUUACAACAGUAUGUGCUGAGUUUGUGAGAAAACAUUGAAAAAACUGUGAAUUCUGCAGUUAUAGGCAAUUUUUAACUGUAUAUAAACAAUAAACUAUUUUGCUUUUUGACCUAC